AUGGAUAGUUCAACAACGAAGUCGUCAUCCGCGUCUGCGUCCCACCUAUGCGUUCUGGUACACGAAGACCAGCUCGUGGUGUAUUCAGCUAAGCGCAAUACUGGGUCGCUGACUUACGAUGGCAUCGAGAUUGGCGCGGAGCGAGUGACAAGAGAGGUGGAGGAUGUCCUGGAGCAGCUCGCCAGGGAUGGACACAACAUUACAAAAUUCUCCAUUGUCGGAUACUCGCUGGGUGGCCUCGUUGCUCGUUAUGUGGUCGGAUUGUUAUAUCACAAAGGUUACUUUGAGAAGAUAUCGCCCGUCAACUUCACUACGUUCGCCACGCCUCACCUUGGUGUAAGGACUCCUCUGCUUGGAUAUCAGAACCAUCUGUGGAACGUCUUGGGCGCUCGGACUCUGUCAACGUCAGGUCGACAGCUGUUCACCAUCGACAACUUCCGCGAUACAGGUCGACCUUUAUUGGCCGUCCUUGCCGAUCCCGAGAGCAUCUUCAUUCAUGCUCUGAGCACGUUCAAGAACAGAACAUUGUACACCAACAUCGUUAAUGACCGGACUGCCGUAUAUUAUACGACCGGUAUAGCUCGGAAAGAUCCCUACACAAACCUGGACAAAGUCAAGUUGAACUACGUCAAGGGAUACGAGCCAGUUCUGCUUGACCCUGAUCACCCGGUCGAGCGGGCGCCCGAAGCAGAGUUACCCACCUUUUAUCAACGAAUACAACAAGGAGGUCGCACAUUCGCUCGAAGAGCACCAAUUGUCCUUGCAUUGUGCAUCCUCGUCCCGAUUGCGAUUAGCGUCUUCCUCGCCAAUUCGGCGUACCAGACAGUACGGAGUCGAAAGCGGAUCCAGCUCCACGAAAGGGACAGUGAAGGUCUUGGCUUUGGCGUCUACCGCAUCCCGUACGUUGUUCAGGAGAUGCGAGUGGGCUUGGAGGACGCCUUUGAGAAUGUGAACUCGGCACAGACACCAGACAUGCUGCCAGACGGUUCAGAAGAGCUGAGUGGAGAGCCCACGUCCCCAUUGCUGGACAGAGUCGACACGGCAGAGUCCAUCCUCUCCGAGAAGUCGUGUGAAACAAGCAGCAGGCAGCCUGAGUUCCCCACACUGGCGCUAACGCCCGACCAAUUCUCGAUGAUCAGUGCGUUGGACCAGGUGGGAUGGAGGAAAUUUGGCGUCCAUAUCACCAAAAGUUCGCACAGUCAUGCAGCAAUCAUUGUACGCACAGCUCGGGCAGCAUUUGAAGAGGGCAAGCUGGUAGUCAAGCACUGGCUUACCGAGGAGUUUGAGGUCUGA